AUGGCCGAAGAAGAUGAGCUGUACUACCUACAGCCUGGAUUUGAUUACAACACUUUGACGGUUCCGAAGAUACGUUCUAUCCUCGUCGCGCACGACAUGCCAUACCCUUCGGGCGCCAAGAAGGGACAGUUGCUGGAGGUUGUCGAGCAGGAACUAUUACCCCAAGCGAAGAAGUUACUCAAGGCGCAAGCACGAGUUCGGCGUACCAGCAAAGGCAUAACAGACGUUCCAAGCAGCCAGGAAGGAAUGGUAGACGGAGAUGGAGAAGCAGAGAAGACGUUGAUGCCCCCGCCCAAGACGCCGCGCAGCAGAAAGAGCAAGGCAGACCUGUCAACUGAGAAUGCUGUACCAUCCACCACAAAACGAACCAAGACUCCGAGUCGACGGAGCACGACAAGAACACCACGAGUGUCCGACACUGAACCGGAAGUGGAGGCGAGUACACGCAAAUCACGCAAGAGUCUACCUGCGCAGGCAGUCUUGGAGCCCUCGGUCAAGAUUGAGGAGCCAGAUUCUCGACUGAAGCGAGAAUCGUUAGAAGCAGGAACAAGCCCUUUUUCAGACGACAAUCCGUUCCAGUCAGGGUCUAGUCCUCCCUCUGGCGCAGAUCGUCGCAAAUCUGCAUCACGAUCACGAAAGUCUCUGACAGUGACGAGUACGAAGAAAAGUCCCACCAAGCGCAGACAGACAACAUCACCGUCUAUUGACGCAGAAGAAUCCGCACCUUCCCGUACGAGACACUCGUUCCCAAUCUCCAGGGUCACAUCAGAUGAACCGGAGGAUGGAGUCGCAGUCACGGAGGAAUUCACACCUGAUGCUGCUCAAGAGCUCGCCGAAGAGGAGAGGAAUGGACAAGUUGUACCGGCUAGAUCAUCCGCGCUGGUUCGGCGAAAAAAGAAACAGCCAACAAGUACAGUCGCAAAAACCGCUCCCUUGGCUGUGCUUACGACCGUCCUGGCAGCACUUGGUGGAUGGUACAGACAGGAGAAGAUCAAUGUGGGCUACUGUGGCGUGGGUGAACCGCAUUGGUCUUUGGCCGCCAAUCCGCAUAUUCCCGCCUGGGUUCAUCAGAAUGCCGAGCCAGCUUGUGAACCAUGCCCACAACAUGCCAUCUGCUAUCCGAAUAUGGAGGUUCAGUGUGAGACCGACUUUGUUCUCAAACCUCACCCAUUGAGCGCGAAUGGCCUGGUGCCGUUACCACCAACUUGCGAGCCAGACAGCGAGAAGCAGCGAAGGAUCAAAGCCGUGGCAGAUAGGGCCGUCGAAGAACUACGAGAAAGAAGGGCUGCCUAUGAGUGCGGCGACGACAUCUCCAAGACGCAAGAAACUGUGGCGUCGUCAAUUGCAGAGACCAAAACAGUUGCCAAAUCGACGAAUUCUAAGCUGGAAAUCAAUGAGGAAGAGUUGAAGAAGUCAGUAUCAAAGCAAAGAAGGAAAGGCAUGAGUGAAGAUGAAUUCGAAAGUCUCUGGCGUGGUGCCCUCGGAGAUGUCAUGGGCCGAGAGGAAGUCGAGGUCAAGCACGAUAGAACCGGGAGACUCCUCCUCACAAGCUCCUCCCUCGCAAGACUACCCCUCGGAUGCGCCAUCCGACGAUCGCUACUCCGAGCGGUCACGCAAAAUCGACUCCCUCUUUCAAUUCUGAUUUUGAUUGCUUCGAGUCUAUUCUAUGGUCGCAUCAAGCUGGUCGCGUAUCAGCAGGCCACAGCGCAGAUUCCUGGAUUGGUUGCGACUACACUGGACAGACUGGCGACGCAAGCAGCCUUGAAAGAGGAAGGUCGCGCAGCGGAACCUUUCAUCAGCGUGGGCCAGCUCAGAGAUGAUGUUCUGCGGAAUGUGUUUAGCGCAUCGGAGCGAGAGCGAGUGUGGCAGAAUGUGAGGAAGAUUGUGGAGGGCAAUUCGAAUGUCAGAGCGGCGACGAGGGAGGGUGGGAAGACCGGUGAAUGGAGUCGCGUUUGGGAGUGGAUUGGCCCAGUGGAUUUGGCGCCUGCUUUGGAGGGACGACGGUCUGGGGGAUUGAUCGAGGAUGGGAGAAAUGCGAGUGCUGAAGGCACGCCGGAUAGGUCGAAUCUGGAGGUUCGGAGGUGGGAUGAAGGACGACCGAUUUAUUGA